CCCUCCCCACCCCCCUUUCAAUAUAUCAACCUUCCAUUUACACACACUACCCUCCUUCUCGCUCUCUCUAUCUCUCUCACACACAGACACACAUUCUCUCACUCAUCAAGAUUUAUAUUAUAUGUUUGUGUUAUAUGUAUAAAAUGAAUGACACAAUUAAAGUCGUCUCUUUUCCAAGGGGAGUAAUGAUGUUUGUUUGGAUUGAGAUGGUGGUUCAUUUGUUGUCUGUUUCUGUUUCAAAUUCAAACCUAUACUAGAAAAGCAAGAACCUUGUUGGAAGAAGUUUGGAAAGAAGACAAGCUGGAGCUAGUAGUCUUUCUUACAACCUUGACAAGAAUUAUGAUCAGUAGAAGAAGAACACUUAUCAUCAGUUGCCUUCCAUUCAUUCACCUGGCUGCUGCUCUUCUACUCUCUUCUUCAUCAGGUACAAGUUCCAAAACAACAGAGCCCAGAAAACUGGCGUACAAUGAAGAGAGAAAAUUGCAAGAUUCUGUCCCAAUUUCCACUAGGCAAAUGGACAUCACAACCCCUAUCACAACAGUUCCAACAACCUCAAACACAACGCUAAAUCCAACUGAUUCCAACCCUGAAUCUCCUGUCAUAAUGAAUCCUGCCAAUCCAGUUAUGACACCGUUGGCCACAAACUCCCCUGCAUCGUCGUCAACCGGAAGCUGGUGCAUCGCUAGCCGAUCCGUGUCGCAGACCGCCUUGCAGGCUGCACUAGACUACGCUUGUGGGCAGGGUGGCGCUGACUGCUCGGCCAUCCAGGCCAAUGGGGUUUGCUACAAUCCGAACACGGUCCGUGACCACGCCUCUUACGCAUUCAACAGUUAUUUUCAGAAUAAUCCAAUUCCUACUAGCUGCAAUUUUGGAGGGGCUGCAGUCACCACUAGCACUGAUCCAAGUUAUGGUGCAUGUCGCUAUCCAUCAACUAGCACGAGUUCAUCUGUGUUGAAUGCAACCAACUCAAGCGGAUCCCGAGUUUUUGGGGCCGGCCGACCAAUCACCCCCUCUACUUCAACCGCUAUCACACUAAGUCCUCACAUCCCUUAUUUCCACGACGUAUUGGUACUUACCAUCACGAUUUUAUCAUCAAUGCCAUGAUAUGGUCGACGACCGGCCCCUGUAGAUCAUAUAGGCAAAGUUCCUUAACGUGAAUGUAGAUGACCCUUCUUACAAGAUUGCAUCAAAUUUGUUGGUUUGAGAUCAGCCCAUGUAGGAGGUCUGUUGAUGUCACAAUUGGUGCAUGCUAUUUUUGAAUCAUUUGCCAAACAGACAUCUCUAUAGGUAUGAAAAUCAGGCAAGGGAGGAAGUGUAUAGAUGAAGAACCAAUUAUAGGAGCAAUUUGGUGAAUUUUUUGCUUUAGUUCAUCUGAAGAGCACUAUAUAUGUAUGUGUACUGCUACAAAAUUAGUACAACUUGAGUGGUUCUUUUUCAGACCAGUAUUUUCUUUUUCUGGUGUUGUUCAAAGGUGAAUGAUAAGAAUCUUGGUGGGGAAUUGUGUAAAAAGCAGUCAUCUAUAUAUAGAUGAACUUUGACAGC